CAACUUGUCUGUGGUUGAACAGUUUUCAUGUUUCUUAAGAUCAGAGUUUAAUAUUUCUAUAUUUAUUGUCUAUCAUCAACAGUCAGUAGUGACAGUACAGUGAUCUUUCAGUCUCUCAUCAUCAUCACUCUCAGCUGUAGAUAUUUUCCUAAAUAACCUCCAUCUAUCAUCAGAACUAUUCCUCCAUUCAGACUCCUAUUUAAUCAAACAGUGUUGUCAUGGAGCUCUGAGGUCAGUGUCAUUUAGAAGGAUGGAGAGUAACUGCAGCCAGUCUAAUCAUUUCACUCAGUCCACCAACUCCCAGUGAGCAAAUGCUGCUUCCAGUCCCUGGACCAUACAUCUCCUCAGAGUUCAUCAAAGUGCAGUGCUGCUUCACUGCUGGCUGAUACUGGCUGUUAUGAACCUCCCCACCAACAGAGGUCAGGGUAGCACAUCUUUCUCCAUAUAAAGGUAGUUAAGGCUUCUAUCUGAGGCCUUUAACAAGUGGACUCAGUAACAGGAGCAGCUCUCCACAGUCCCUGAAUGCAACAUUCCUCAUCCUGGUCCUCCUCCAUCUGGUUAGGAAGCUGGAGAGAGACUCUGGCUACUGGUUAGAUGCUGGAUAUCAGCGAGGCUUUAGGAGAGGAAGCAGCACCAUAAGAGCAGUAAAUAUCAGUAGAACCAUCAUGGAGCUGAGCAGAGGCCUGUAUCAUGAAGCGAGCUCAACUUAUCCAGCUGAACUUAUCCAGAACAGUGACGAUCUGGACAAACGGUAUCAUGACGCUGGUUAUCAACUCACUAUCUCAAUCCAGGUUUGUCUUGUUGUGAAUCGGUGAACGCACACGUAAAAGGGCGGGUUCCAAGGCAGCAGACCAAUCACAAUCAUGAGGCUGAUCCACCAGCAUAAAGGAGCAAAGACUGAUUCUCCUCAGAUAUGAAGUGGAAAAAGUAAAUCUCACUCGAAAUCUCCAAAAGUCAAACAUCGCGGCUGCUUUGAAGAGACGCCAUAAGCCAUGAGGAGGAGGAACGUCGUCGUCGUGGUGAGUCCAACUUGUCUGUGGUUGAACAGUUUUCAUGUUUCUUAAGAUCAGAGUUUAAUAUUUCUAUAUUUAUUGUCUAUCAUCAACAGUCAGUAGUGACAGUACAGUGAUCUUUCAGUCUCUCAUCAUCACUAGUACAGUGGUAAAUGUCUGUGUUGUGUGUAAAAUGGGACAGUUUGUAUUGUUUCCUGGUCAGAAGAAAGUAGAGCACAUGUGAUCAGAUCACUACUUUCUUCAUCUGGUUUACUUUGAUUUCUCCAGAGUUCUGACUUCACUCCAAAACAAUGGAGGUGAAUUGAUGGAGUUGAUGGUGUUCAGGUCUUGAUCAUCUAUCAUCUGAUGAACCAGGAGAAAUAAAUAAACUGAGACUAACAGGCAGCUGUGAUCACAUGAACCUAAAAGGAAGAGACGAGCUUAAAGACAGGGUGUUGUGUGUCGUGAAGAAAUGGGAGAGAAGGAACCCAAGCGCAGGACUCAGAUGUUCAGGCUCAAACAGAAGUUUUAAUAACAAAAGGAUCUUGAGCAAAAAUUCUAAUACAAAAAAUACUACGAUUCCGGAGGUUAGCUGGAGGACUGGCAACUGGAAGAACUCGCAGUGAAUGACAGAGUGCAGAGUCCUUAAGUAUGGUUCAACAUAGCGAGAGAUGUGGAACAGGUGGGAAGGCAGCCCAGCCGCAGCGUAGCAAUCAGCAGCUCACUCCACACACCUGAGGUGAGAAAAGCAAACAUGAAAGUAAACCAAAAGAGGGCAACAAGGUACCUCCUAACAUAACCCCCUCUCAAUGGGCGCCUCCUGGCGGCCCACCAGGCUUAUCAGGGUGCAAGCGAUGGAAGUCCUUCACCAAGCAAGGGCUUAGAAUGGCAGAGCGUGGAACCCAUGACCUCUCCUCUGGACCAUAGCCCUCCCAAUCCACAGGGUACUGUGGGUUGAGCAGGCUGCUGGCGACUGGCUUCAGUUGAGACACAUGAAAUACAGGGUGGAUCCUCAUGGAAGGAGGGAGAGACAGCUUGACCGUCACAGGAUUGAUGACGUCAAUUAUAGGGAAGGAACCAAUGAAACGAGGGAAGAGCUUGUGGGAAUCAGUCUUAAGAGAAACAUUUCUACACUGUAAACCCUGAUAAGUUCAAUUAACACAAAAAAAAUUGUUGAAAUGGAUUACAUAAAAGUUUUUACUCACAUUUUGCGUUAAAAAAGCAGUACUGAUUAAGUAUGCUUUACUUGUAAUCUUAAGUGGCACUAACUUACUUUGGUAAGUUUAACAAAACUUAUCAUGAUAAGUAUGUUUUACUAGUUAUUUUGUUUUCACAGUAAAAAUAAAUACAAGUGUAGAUAACUUGAAUGUUCUUAUAAUUGUAAAACUGAGUUUUUCGCUUAUGUUUACUUAAAAUGUUCAAUUCAAUAGAAGCUCUACACUAACUCCAAUACAAGCAAAAAUCUUGCUCAGUUUAACUCAAAAUAAGAUCAAAAUCUCUAUGUCGUACACCUACAGUCAAAAACACAUUAACACCGUUAGAUACAAGUCAGUCUUUAUUGAGUAAACAUACUACAACAACAAACAAAUUGUUUUCUAAAAUUCUACACUUGAAUCACAAGAUUACUCUCAAUGAGAACUGAACCCGUAUCUGAGCAGAGGAACGUGGCAUCAGUUGAACUGUCAUGGAUCAAAGCCAGGCUGACUGGUACGUCAUCAAUGUCCAGUUCAAGGGACUCCACAGGCUGGAGAUGAGAGAGGAAGGAGAAACACCUCUUAGUGUGCAACAAUACAAACUGACUGCACCACAAGCUACAGCAUCAAAUGACCACAGACCAUUUCUAGAAAAUAAAACGGAUUUUUAAGCAGAUUUCUUGCCUGACUUUAUUAAACUGUUUUAGUAUCAAAUUGCCAACUUGAUGUAAAUUUAUAUUAUCUCCUUUUGCUUCACUAAAAAAGUAUCUUUCCAGUGAAUUUCAUAACAUCAGGGGAGUUCUUUUUUUGAUCUAUGAACCUACAGAGCUUACUUCCAUAACAUACCCUGAUCAUGUUCUUCAACACUUUAAAGUGCUCAAGUAAAGGGACAUUAUAUUCAACUGUUGUUGAAUAUGAUUAUGUGACGAAGGGCAGCCUGACAAGAAAUGUCAGUCAGUUAAAAAUGUGCAGAAGUACGUCCCCUACUGUCAGAAAAAAAGCUACUGAGUUAGUCAGUGCAGCAGGGAGAAGCAUGCCGAUGUACAGAGACUGAUGGGCAAAUUACUGUUGCUGUUCCUUUGAUUUUGUGAGCUAGACCCUGUGUCCAUUCAUUGUCCAGUUAUUGGGUUAGCUAAUGACUGUUAACUGCUAAUGAUAGGAGGUGAGAGCAUUCACUGUUCAUAUACUGUAUAGUGACAUGUUUAUACUGACAGUUAUUUGUUGUUGAAUAAGGCGUUUAAUUCUUUAUUUCUAUGACUUGUUCAACUCUAUUAGUAGUUCUGAUUACUGUUCUCUAUUUCUGCAACAAUAUGUUGCUUGUUUUGCAUCCCUUCUGCAUACAAUAACAAUUGAUGGUAAUACUAAAUACUAAUUCUAAACUUAAACUAAACUAAACACCAGAACCUUCAACCAAGGUUUGAUGACAGCAGAGGCCUGUAUCAUGAAGCAGGAUCACAGAGUUAUCCAGGAAACUUCAGGGUGAACUUCGGGGGUUCUGGUAUCAUGAAGCUGGAUUCAUUCUUAUGGAGCUACGUUACCAUGGUAACUUACUCUCCUGGAAGUAACUGGUCAUCACUUUCUGUGUGAACAACCUCAUUCUUAAAAUCUGAGACAUCAUAGUUUGGAUUAGUCCUACUUUUGUGGGCAUUGAAUGAGGAAUACACGUUAAUACGAUGGUGACAACUUUUGAAUGGACAAUCCACUGUCUGUGUGUUUUUUAAAUGUGAUCUCAAAUGACUGAAAAGAUUUUUAUCAUUGAAUGACUGCUUGCAUCCACACUUGGGACAGAUAAAUGUCACACAUCCCACCUGAGUUGGUCCAACUGUCUGCGUAUGUAUCCGUGUUACAUGAAUUUCCAAUGCAUUUAUUGACUGAAAUGUGCAGAUGCAGUCAUCAUACACACAUGGCAACGGACUAUUUGAGGAGAAGUUGCAAUGAUGCAAACGUUAGUGUUGAAGCAACUGUGCCUGUUCAUAAAAGGCAGCAGCACAAAGCUUUCCCUUCCAAACCAUUGGAAAACUGAGUACUUUAAGUAAGCUGGCAAUGAAUGUCUAAAACAUCUACAUACCAGCCUGCAGACUCCAUGUAACAUCCAGCUUCUUCUACUUCAGCCUAAAAGAGAAGAUUUACAGACAUACAAAUCACUCAACUCUUUAAAUACUAAACACAAUUACAAAAACAUCAUUAGUAUUUCAUUGUUAGGCUGUGAAGGGAAAAUGACUUGAAAAGGCUGUUAACUAAAGAUGUUUAGAGUAAAUCCUGCAAGACUUUGUGGAGGUCAGGUCAGUUACCACGUGGAGCCCACGUGCAGCUCUGCAACCAGACCAAUAAAAUAUAAAACCUUCUAUUUAUCACUUUCUAAACCGUCUUGGACCAGACUGACCUACACCGUUUCGCUAAGCCCCGCCCCCUGGUUACUGUUGCUAUGUUCAGUUACAGCCACGCAGUUGAAGGGCUACACAGCGGUUGUAGACACGUGGAAGGGGGAGGGGGGCUACAUGGCUAAUAUGAUAAGCUAUAUUGUUUUUGCCAUAAAAUGAACAUGAAACUUAUCACUAAUAUUUAGCCUUGAAGUUACCAGCAUGCCCAGACAUGCACAAAGAGUAAAAGUUUUGCAGGUAGCCGCUGUAUUCCUUGUGUAAUUACCAAAAAAAACAAAAAACGACCUUAGCUCAACACAUUAAAUUCAAAAGGAUAAAAUAAUUGUUUUUAUUCAAAAAUAACAAUAAUGAUGAUUAGCUAAACACCGAGGUAAAACGACAACAUCAUCUCACCAGAGAGGAGUCCUCAAAAGGGAAAAAAGAGAAAGUAAAAUUUAUAUCAGACAUUUGAAAAACAAGUCACAAUGGAAUUAACUCCAGAAGUCGUCCAUGGUAGCAGUCCAGAAGCGAAGUUCCUACUAGAAAGAUGACUUUUCGUACAAAUAUAUAUCUGAAUUAUACUGUUGCUGCAAAGCUCAGCGCAAGCGGGAACCGGAACCUUGGAACGUGGAAAUGACGUCACAGACGACAAGUCAAACAGUUUGAGUUCAUUGACAAAACUGAAUUAAAGUUUUUGAGUAUUGUGCACUUAAAAUUGAAAAUCCGUUAAGAUAACUCAAAAAAUUAGCAGUCAAUUAACUUUUUUAAAAUUCUGAGCUUAUACAACUAAAUCGUUUUAACGCACUUUUACUAUUCAGUUUUACAGCGCAUAAUAGAGAGACUGUGGUUAUGAUGUUGAAUCAUACACAUCUGUGUCCUUCAGUCUGUUAAUGGAAUCAAGUCAUUGUUAAUUCUUAAAUGUGUUUGUCUCUUACAGCGUUGGAGGAACGUCGUCGUGAGGAGGAGGAACGUCGUCGUGGACCAUAUCAACCACCACCAUCACCUCUCAUGAUCCCUCAGGCGUCUAUGAAGCUCAGCAGCAGCCUUGAACUCCUUCCACCUUCCAUGUCUGAGCUGAGGGUUGUUCUUCUGGGGAACAGCUGCUCUGAGAGGAGUUCAGUGGGGAACUUCAUCCUGGGAGAGAACACGUUCAACACUGAGGAAGAACCAGAACGUUGUCUAAGAGUCAGAGGACUGAUUAAAGACAAAGAAGUAGUUCUCAUCAACACCCCAGAUCUGCUUCUCUCCAGCAUCUCUGAAGAUGAGCUCAGAGAACAUGUAGGAACCUGUGUGAGACUCUCUGCUCCUGGACCUCAUGUGUUGCUGCUGGUUCUACAGCCUGAAGACUUCACUGAGGAACACAGACAGAGACUCUGCAGAGUCCUGGAACUCUUCAGUGAUCGAUCAUUUCAUCAUUCACUGGUUCUGAUAUCAACACCCAGAGAGGAGCAGCCAGGCUUCAUGGAAAAGUAUCGACAACAUCCACCUGUAAAAGAAAUGAUCCAGAUGAGCAGAGACAGAGUUUUAUUGAAGAAAGAACUUGAACUUAAAGAGCUGUUAACACGGUUUGGACAGAUUGUGGAAGAGAACAAUGGAGAACAUCUGAAAUGUUAAUCAGUGUCAUGACACAACUUUAUUUAACUGUUUAUGUGAUUAAUAUGGUCGUUAAUGUCAGUAUAAAUGUAAACGUGUACAGUGUCAUGUUGUAUGUAGAGAAGUUAAUUAUAAUGCACAUUUAAAAACACACAGGUGGAGUUUGUUGCAGUUUAACUGACUUGUUGUCAUCUUCAGCUGGACAGCGCUGUAGCUGUGUCAUGACUGAGAGUGACAUUAGGGCCCGAUUCACACCACUGGGAAAAGACACUCAGACACUAACCCACCUCCCCCUUUCCUUGAUUUUAGACAAUAAAGAUAAUAUUUACCAAAAAACGACUCCUCCUGACAUCCACACCUCACCUUAUGUUCUCCUGGUGUUUGCGUGGGUUUUCCCGGGUACUCUGACUUCCUCUCACCAUCCAAAGACACACAAUGAAUCUUACGAGCAUGUUCGUGGAUGGUGGGAUCACACCGUGAGUUUGUAUAUUUCCUGUUUUGGGGCAAUUCUUUAUUUGCAUCUCAGAGAGAAUUCAGUGAUACAGUGGUCAUAUUGUUGCUGCAGCCGUCUUAUGGAAAAUUGCUCUCAGAGGAACAAGGCUUUCAUUUAUCCACCUGCAGUCGUAAUGUGCAGAGCUGGAUUUCUUCUCGGUUAAAACCCUUUGAGACCAGAAAGGAACAAAUGGCACAAACACACUUAGGGACCGUUGUGUCAAAUUCAUGACCCUUGUAAAACUCAGUCUUUGAAAGAUUCAGCCUGGAGAUAACUUCUCUUUGGAGUCUCAAAAAAUCAUCAUCAGGAGUCUAAGUCCAGAGCAUCAGAGUGAUAUUUAUUGCAGGAAACAAAGCAGAGCAGCAUCACAGGACAAACAAUAAUCACCACGACUCCGCUCUGAGGUGUGAGGGCCACUGUCCUCAUCUUUUAUACCUUUGGGACGUCACAAGUCACACCCUUGUCCAUCCCCUACAUGGGGCAGACCCUCACCAGCCCCUUAUUUUAACCAAUCAUACCCUUAGAAAUUGUCUUCAUCACUGUUGAUGAGCCAUGUGGCUCUGGAGCAUCGUGAUCUGCUCCAAAUACCUUUUCUAUUUUUUCCCCUCAGGUUCAAACACCUGCAUUUACAUCAGUAGUUGUGGAAUUUUCCUAAGUUCCCAGUUUCACAGUUACUCCCGUCCAUUUUACACCCUUAUCUUCUAGUCCACUCUUAAGCUCAUUAUUUUUUAAAAAUAAUAAAGUUUAUUGCAAACAAA